AUGGUAUAUUUCCAUAGCUCAAUCUCGGUCUGCAAUUCCGUCGACCAAUCUCCUUCAUUGAUCAUGUCCAACUCUUCAGAUUCCCAGCCUAAAUCCAGAAACACCCGUAAAUCAUCAUCAUCAUCAUCAUCACCGAACUGUUCCAAAUUCCCAGUCUGCGACGGAUCUCAAUCGGCUGCAAUCGACGUCGUCAUCCUGAUCGCGGUGAUCACGGCUUGCGGAUUCCUCUUCUUCCCUUACGUCAAGCUCAUCACCCUCAAAUCGGCAGAGAUCUUUUCCGAUCUCUCGGUUCUAGUCAAACACGAGAUUCAGCAGAACCCGAUAGUGUACGGAUCGUUAGCUCUGAGCAUCUUCUGCGCUGGAAUCUCCACUUGGCUGGUUGUGCUCUUGUGUACCAUGCAGAGAUGCGGGAAGCCGAAUUGUAAAGGGCUUAGGAAAGCUGUUGAGUUUGAUAUUCAGCUUGAGACUGAGGAAUGCCUCAAGAGCUCCAACAGCAACAAUGGUGGUAAGAGCAAGAGGGGGUUGAUGGAGUUGCCUCGUGUCCAUCACCGAGAAUUGGAAGCUGAGCUGAAGAAGAUGGCGCCGCCUAAUGGGAGAGCCGUGCUGGUUUUCAGAGCUAGAUGUGGUUGCUCUAUAAGGAGUUAUUUUCUAGCUCUGCAAGAAGGUGGUGUUCUCGAAGAAGAAUUAGAAGAUGAAGAUGAUUGUUUCUACGAAUGUGAUCACGAAGAUGUUGUUGACCUUCUUGAUGCUAAGGAGGAAGGUGAAGAGAAGGAAGACAUUGUGAGUGUUAUGAACAUGGAGAAGAAUCAUGAGUACGAACGUCAGACUAUGCCAAUGGAUCAAGAAGAUGAAAAUUCCUUAGUCGAUAGCUGUAAAACAGGAUAA